AUGACGCGCAGCGCGUCGGCCGCGGUCCUGACGACCGAGAGCCCGCGGCGCAAGCUCGGGUUCUUCUCCAAGGCCGAUGACACGCCGAUCGUCACGGGUCCGCAGCUCUCGUACUUUUACAAGAACGACGUCAAGAGCCUCGAGGCCGACACAUCGAUUGCACUCUACGACAUUGUCAGCGGCGUCGCCAACGUCCUUGUCGAUCGGCUCGCGCUUCGACACCCGAUCGUGCACAUCUUUUCGGGCCCGCUUCUCGGCGUUGUGUACUGCAUUUUGCCCGCCGACGACAAGCCGGCGUCACCCAAAGCAAAGCCACUGGAUGCAACAACGUCCGCGUCCAUGGUCGACGAGAUCGCCAGCGUGAAAUUCCACCUCGAGUUGUACCAGUGGGACGCGCCCGACAUUGCCGCCGUGGACGGCCACCCGUCCUUGCCAAAGCACUUGACCAAGGUCGGCGAGACGCUGCAAGGGCCGCUGUUCCUCGAGUGGGAUAAGUCGGGCGUCUUUUGUGUUCUCGUCUACGCGCGCAAAAUGCUACUCUACCGGUACCGGGACGGCGUCCUCACCUUUCUGCACCGCAUCGCGUGCGCGCGGCCCGUCGUCUCGGUGCUCUGGGUGCACAUGACGCUCUUCGUCGCGACGAACGACGACAUUACGAGCUACUUUUUCUGUGGCAGCCGCUCGUUCAGCUUCCUCCUCGCCAGUGCGGCGUCCUUCAACGAGAGCGCCAACCCCAUGGCCAUUCACCCGGCCGAGCUUCCCGUCCCGCAGCAACACCCUGGUGGCGGCCUCCAGCUACUCGGCGUUGUCAAGGAGCAGCUCUACAUGACAUGCGUGCAUCAAUGCGUCUACUCGAUCGACCUCACAAACGAAGUACUGCAGUUUUGCAUGUUUGUGGCGCAAGGGUCGCCCGCCAAAGCGGUGGCCCUCGUGCCACACAUUAGCCUCGACCUCGCCGACUACCUCGCUACGUAUCUGGACGCGUUUGGCUUUGGGACACUGGCCGUGGCGCUGCCCACCGUAUCGAUCGGCAUCAAAGCCAACCUCUGCAUCAAGCACAAUGCGAGCGAUGCGCUAUGUGCGCUUCUGCCGCAACUUCUCGCGGCGUCCGUCGACAGCGACGACAUUCUGGGCACGUCGCUCUUUCAGCGGUCGAUCGCGGCCCUCGUGCGCCAAGGCAUCGACGUUCAUGCGCACUUUCCGACGUUGAUGCUCCGCAGGCGCUUCAACGACGCCCUGUACGUCGCGCUCGUCGCCCAGAAGCCAGAGCUCGUGGCACAAGCGCUGGUGGCCAAAGACGAGUUGAGCGUCGCCGUGCUCCGCAACCCCAACAAGGAAAUGGACGAGGGCCUUGUGAAGCGCUGGCAGCACGCACUCGAGGUCGAGAGCGCCAAGCAGGCGAUCGCGAUGCGCCCGCCCGAAGUCAGCAACCAGUGGGACUAAGCACCCGACGCUUCUUGCAUAUAAGAAC